GCGGGGGACGCACGACGUGACUCGGGCUGGGAGCCCCGCCGCAGGGUCUGCUCGGCGCGCGGACGCGGGGUCGGCGGCCAGGCCGGAGCCGGACAUGCCGGGCGCGGUGCGGGCGGCCCGGGGGCUCGCGGGGCAGCUGCGGGCGCGGCCCCCCGCCCCGGACCCCGGCCCCCCCGCCGCCCCGCUGCUGCUGGCCGCGCUGCUGGCGGUGCUGCUGGGCGCGGGCGCGCAGUACUCGAGCGACCUGUGCAGCUGGAAGGGGAGCGGGCUGACGCACGAGGCCCACAGGAAGGAGGUGGAGCAGGUGUACCUGCGCUGCUCCGCGGGCUCCGUGGAGUGGAUGUACCCGACGGGGGCUCUCAUCGUCAACGUGCGGCCCAACACCUUCCCGCCUUCUCGGCACCUGACUCUGUGCAUCAAGCCCCUCAAGGACUCCUCGGGGGCCAAUAUUUAUUUGGAAAAAACUGGAGAACUGAAGCUGCUGGUGCGGGACGGGGACCGCGGGCCCGGCCAGGUGCGCUGCUUCGGCUUCGAGCAGGGUGGCCUCUUCGUGGAGGCCGCGCCCCAGCAGGACAUCAGCAGGAGGACCACGGGCUUCCAGUACGAGCUGACCAGCCGGCACGCCGAGUCGGACCUGCACACCCUGUCAGCCCCCUGCCGCCCUUGCAGUGACGCGGAGGUGCUGCUGGCCGUCUGCACCAGCGACUUCGUCGUCCGAGGCUCCAUCCAGAACGUCACGCACGCGCCGGAGCAGCAGGAGUCGGCCAUCCACCUGCGCGUGAGCCGCCUCUACCGGCAGAAGAGCAGGGUGUUCCGGCCGGGCCCGGAGGGCGGCGGCUGGCGGGGGCGGGUGGCCACGCUGCUGGAGUGCGGCGUGAGGCCCGGGCGCGGCGAGUUCCUCUUCACCGGCCACAUGCACUUUGGGGAGGCCCGCCUCGGCUGCGCCCCGCGCUUCAAGGACUUCCGGAGGAUGUACCGGGACGCCGAGCAGAGGGGCCUGAACCCCUGCGAGAUGGGCACGGACUGAGGG